GAAAGUAAAUGGUGUGGCGCGGCCCGUCUCUCCAAAGAGAAUGCGCCAUAUAAAAGCCUCUCAACACACUUGUCGUUCAAUAGUUUUUUAAAGAGUGCCGUGGCUGUACGCUCAACGCGACAUAAUGGAAGUUUUGAAAUUAUUAUUCGUAAUUUGCUGCUCAUACUACUGUUACGCAUCUGAAAAGUCCCAUGUAAUACCUGUGGAAGGAUAUGAAACGGAAUUGGAAAACCUCGGACAACACGUGGAAAUCCCAGAAACGCCAGUGAAGGUUAUCAAGAUCACAAAAACUAUCGCUGUGAAAGUCCCGGUCCCAUAUCCUGUAAAGGUGAGGGAGAAGGUGCCUUAUCCCGUGCCUAUCUCGAAACCAUACCCUGUUCCGGUUCCACAAAUUAUCAAAGUCCCUCAUUUGGUGCAUACAAAAUCUGACCAAACAGAACACGACUCCGGUAACACAGAUUCCGGAUAUGGUGGAUUCCAAGGCAGCCACCAGCUGGGUGGUGGAAUACAAAACUCAUACCAAGUACAAGAAGAACCUGGCCAUGAUUAUGUACCUUUCGCACCCCGGACCCAUCCAUUCAAAGGAUACAGUACCGGUAAUGAGCAAAAUUUCCACGAUUCCUCAGAGGGAUCUAACGGAAAUUCGUAUGGAGAUGCCCCCUUUAAUUACAAUGGGUACUCUGGUAAUAACGGGGAUGAAUCCUCAGAAUCCAAAAGUUACGAUAAUGCCAUAAAAGAUUAUCUCGAAAAACACCAACUAGGUGGCGGAACGAAUAGUGCGGCCAAAAGUUAUUACUAGCAUACUAAUAGAUAGAUAGUUGUGUAGAUAGUUAUAUAUGUAUUUGUGUAAGUAGUUUGUGACGGAGUGAAAUGUACCUUGUUUCCUAUAAUAUGUAAUAAAAAAUUAUAAAAGAAAGUCCUCUGACACGUCUGUAUGUCUAUUUAUCGCGACAUAAACUCGAAGUACUACUGACGCGGCAGAGAACUUUGUUUUAUAAUAUGUCAGGAUGAGGAUAAUAAGGAAAUUGUUACAUAGCCUAUUUAUAUGUUGAACUGAUUUGUUGCUAGAUGUGUAGAGUGACUGUUAUUAAUUUUACCAAUAAAUUAUACACAAGUUUGUUAAAUAUAAAUAUAUUUACUAUAUAACAACAAGUGUCAAUUAAACAUAAUACGUCGGCACUAGAAUAUAUUUUUCUUUCUUGAUUAAUUUACAAAUAUACCUAGUACUGAAUAUAAAAAAAUUAUAUAGGAAAUGUAAGAAAACAGUUUUCGCCAAUAAAAAUAUAUUAGUUUAAACCUAAAUGUCUUAAAAUGCACACGUAAAAUUACUUAAAU